AUGACAGCCUACCUCCAACAUACCCGCCAUCUACUUACAACUUUCAAUGCUUAUCUCAUAGGCCAGGUGCCACGCUCUGAGAACAACCAUGCUGAUGCAUUAGCAAGGCUAGCCUCGGCGAUGGAGCAGGGCAUAGGUCGCAACAUCCACAUCGAGUUCUUGGACCAGCCCAGCACACGGGCACCACUCAUCUAUGCCAUCGAUCACAACCCUACGUGGAUGGACCCUAUUGUGGGAGCAAAUUUCGCCCCACUAGAAUAUUCGCCAAAGAUUCCUUCGUCUUCUCCACUUCUCUUUCUCCCUGCAAAACAGAUCGGGGUAAAAGGACCACACCCGGGGGGUGCUGGCCAAAGGCCCUCCGAUGCCUAUGUUAGGUAG